GCAAUGCAAUUGAUAUGCGUCUGAAGAUGUUAUUUUCUUCUUCUACAUAAUGACAAAUACAUUGUUUGUUUUUUUGCAUUUGCAAAGGUACCGCGACACCAUGAGCCGAAUAGACUAGUAAUGAUUUAUUUCAUUUUGAUGUCGUUAUUUCUAGAAACACGUUCGAAUGAUCCUAAGAACUGAUCCAGAGUCGCUUUGUUCUGACGUUCCUUGUGAACAUUUGAAACGGGUACUUAGAACCUAUCCCAAAUCAUCCGAAGCGGACCGAAUCUAUCCAACAUGGCCGAAGUGAAAACGGAUCUCUCGAUUUCGGGUGCAGAUUUUACAGGAAAUACUUUCGUUGUGCUGCAUUUGUGAAGGGCUGCCAUUUUACCGAGCUUACGCAUCAACAGUAUGAACCAUGAGUGACCAAGUGGUCCAACUCUCCUCAGCCUUCCACCAUGAGGACAUGCUUCAGUCUCUGCACCAGCUCAGGCUACAUGGUCACCUGUGCGAUGUCACAGUCCAGGUCGACUUCCAGGGUGAGCUGGAAGAGUUUGAGGCUCACCAGGCGGUCCUAGCUGCCUCCAGCGGCUACUUCAAGAACAUCCUACUGGCACCGGACCCACCCAAGAAACUAUUCUUGGGGAACGUUCGAACCACUGAUUUCACCAGGUUCUUGGAAUAUGUAUACACUGGCAAACUGGAGGUGGAUAAAGAGUUUGCUAAAGACACGAUUGGUGUAAUACAUGAAGUGGCAACACUGUUGGAGUGUAAGAGCCUUGUCCAGGCCUGCAGCUCGGUUCUCUAUGAAGGCAGCUUGAGUCUGCACAGGGUUGAGGCAUCCAUGUCACAAGACACGGAAUAUGAUUUGUAUGAUGUAGGAGAGGAGGAUGGGGCGCUGGGGGUCGGAGUCAACAAAGUUCCCAAAAUAGCCUCCACCAAGAGGCUGACCCCUCCUACCAAACCAGAGAGGGGGGAGAAAAGGGCAAAGGUCGCGGUCACAGCCGAGGAGGAGAAGUCAGAGGUGAAUAAAGACACUGAGGUCUCUGGGAGGAGGAGUAACAGGCUGGCAGGGCGCAGAGUCUUCAUUGACAUUCCUAAGAAGAAGUACGUGAGGAAGAUGAAGGACCAGACCCUGGCGCAGAUGGAAGAUCUGCCUGACAACAACACUCAGACAACCAGUCAGGAGGAGAACACUUACAACACACAGGAGGCAGAAGAGGCCCUUCCAGAGCCUCUGCCUGAAAAAGGGGGGGCGGGACUGGAGUCGACAGACGUUGAUGAUGAAGAUGAGGUGGAAGAGGGAGAUAUACCAGAGGAUUGUCCAGAUGACUCCCUCUUCUUGCCCAGCAAGGAAGAGGAGGGUGAGGAGGAGGGAGAGGAGCGUGCCACCAACAGAUCAUCCAGACGUAUUGACACUCAAUACAAGUGUGACAAAUGUCAACGGACCUUCCACUAUGAGAAGAGCUACCUGAAGCACGUCAAGACGAGCCACAGUGUGCAGGGGGAGGUGACGUACCGUUGUGACACCUGCCAGCAGACCUUCGCCAACCGCUGCAACCUGAAGAUCCACCAGAGACACGUCCACAGUGACGAAAGGCUGUUCCCCUGUGACGUCUGCACCAAGACCUUCAAACGCAAGAAGGACGUGACGCGCCACCGACGACAGGUGCACGAGGGAGGCGGCGAGCGACACACCUGUCUUGUGUGUAACAAGGCGCUGAGCUCUAAGACAGCGUUGACGCUACACGAGAGAACGCACACAGGAGACAAGCCCUACUCCUGCACUGACUGUGAAGCCAAGUUCUCCCAGAGCUCAGCCCUCAAGACACACCGCAGGACUCACACAGGAGAGAAGCCUUUCGCCUGUGACCAGUGUGAUGCGAGGUUCACCCAGAACCACAUGUUGUCCUAUCACAAAAGGGCCCACACGGGAGAGAAGCCUUUUAUGUGUGAGAGCUGUGGGAAAAGCUUUGCCUCUAAAGAAUACCUGAAACACCACUCCAGAAUCCACACAGGCUCCAGGCCUUACAAGUGUGAACAAUGUGGUCGGGCCUUCGCCCAGAGAAACUCCCUCCACCAGCAUAUGAAGAUACACACAGGUGAGCGUCCGUACCACUGUACAGAUUGUGAUAAGCAGUUCACCCAGCUGAAUGCCCUCCAGAGGCACCAGAGGAUUCAUACAGGGGAGAAGCCCUACAUGUGUGGCCUCUGCAACCGUACCUUCACGGACAAGUCCACCGUACGCAGGCACACCAUGACUCACGACCAAAACACUCCAUGGAAGAACUACCUGGUGGUCCUCAAGGACAACAUGGAGAAAAAGACUAAGAAGCCCAGAAGCCUUGGUAGAAAGGUUAAAAUAGAGACUGUGGUUCGGGAGCUGGAAGGGGAUAGUGGAGCUGGAGGUAGGCUCCAGGAGGGGACCAUAUUGGUUCCUGGUGAGCCCAUCACCCUCUCAGCCAGCUGGGGCGACCCAGGGACCAUCGCCCUGGUUAGCCACACCACCCUGGGUGGGUUCACGGUCAUCCAGACAGAGAUGCCGGCUGGGACCCAGCUACCCAUCGUCACCACAGACUGCACCGGGGCCAGUGUCAUCUCUCUGGAUGGAUCCACUGUCUCUGUCCCCUUUACUAUCCCUGUCUCUAUGUCCUCCAUCUCUGUGUCCUCGUCCUCCUCUGGCGUCCUCCCUGUCCAGACUGUGUCUGUCUCUGUCCCAGUCACUGUUUCAGGGGCCAUAUUUGCCCCAGUUUCAGAGACCAGUCUUUCAACUUCAUGUGUUCUGGAAACUGCGGUGUCGCAGACCAUCUUGGCUCCAGAUUUGGAAGCUGGGCCGUGUUCAGAUACGACGGCCAUUGCGGAUCCCGAGGAGGCAGUUUCAGAGUGUGCCCCUAUCUCUGAGGAGUGUGUCACAGUGCAGACAUCAGAACUGGAGACUGAGACACCGAGCGCUGCUGUCUCUAAUGAGGAACAACACAGUGUACCAGAGGACAUUGGGACUGUGGAAGACCUGGAGGUGUCCACUGAAGAUACUGUGGUGUAGGUUGGCAUGUAUUUCAAUGUACACUCCCUUCCGUAUGCAUUUGGGCACUGAAGAUAAUUCCUUUAAUUUGGCUCUAUACUCCAGCAUUUUGGAUUUUGAGGUCAAAUGUUUCAUACGAGGCGACAACAGGACACUACCUUUUUUUCCGUGUACAAAUUGAAAGCACUGUAUCGAAAUCAAAUCAAAUGUAUUCGUCACGUACACAGUUUACAGCUGGUAUACAAGGUGCAGUGAAAUGUUUGCCCUAGCUCCCUCAAUGCAGUACAUCAAUCAACAAUAACAGUGAAGAGUCAAGUAGAAAAUAACAAGUAGUAGAAGAGGCAAUAUGAGUAGUAAUAAUGGACUGUAUUUACACUAUUAACAAAUAUAAAGUGGGUUGUGGAAUCAAUAGUACUAGAACAGCAGCAUUGAGUGUGUGAGCUCAGUGCUUGUGUGUGUGUGUUUAUAGGUGUGUGUGUGUUUAUGUGUGUUUGUGUGGAAGGGUUGAAUAUGUGUGUAGUGCAAAUCAUUUCUAAGGUGCCUAAUGCAAAUAGUCUCUACGGUGCAGAUCUGUGCUAGGUUUGAAUUUUUAGCAGUCUGAUGGCCCGGUGGUAGAAGCUGUCUCUGAGCCUGUUCGUCCGAGACCCAAUACUCGGAUACUACUUGCCAGAUGGUAACAGUGAACAGUCCAUGACUCGGGUGACUGGAGUCCUUAAAGAUCUUUGGGGCCUUCCUAAGACACGGGCUGGUGUAGAUGUACUGGAGGGCAAGGAGCUCGCCCUCAGUUAUUCAUUAGGUCGUCCGCACCAACCUCGGUAGGGCCUUCCAGUUGAGGGCGGUGCGUUUGCCGUACCAGGCGGCGAUGCAGCCGUUCAAGAGGCUCUCGAUUGUUCAACUUCUUUAGGAUCCUAGGGCCCGUGCUGAAUGUCUUCAGGCGCCUGAGGUUUGAGAGACACUGCUGCUAAAACCACGGCGGGGGUGUGAUUGGAUCAUGUCCGGUUCUCUGUAAUGUGCACGCUGAGGAACUUGAAGCUUUUUACCCUUCUCCACUGCAGCCCGGCCGAUGACAAUAGUGGCGUGCUCCUCUCCUCGUUUCCUGUAGUCCAUAAUCAGCUGCUUGGUUUUUGCUGACUUUGAGGGAGAGGCUGUUUCCCUGGCACCACUGACUCUAGUCCCUCCCAUUUGAAGAAGUCAUAAGUAUUUGGACACAUUCACUUAUAGUGUAUUAAAGUUGUCAAAAGUGUAGUAUUUGGUUCCAUAUUUGUAUGACUAUGUUAAGUUUGUGACUACAAACUAGUGCACAGGUGUCAAUUGGAUGCAUUUGCAGUUUGUUUUGGGUUAUGUUUUGACCAAUGAACUGUAUGGUGAAUCAUGUAUUGUCAUUUUGGAGUGACUUUUAUUGUAAAUAAGGACGUUUUUGAACAUUUCUACAUGAAUGUGGAUGCUACCAUGAUUAUGGAUCAUUCAUAAAUGAAUUGUGAAUAAUGAUGGGUGAGGAAGUUAGAGGCACAAAGAUCAUCCCCCCCAAAAAAUGCUGAACUCCCAUGUUAAUGGUCAGGUUAGCACGUUCUGUAACCUUCUCACUAGUCAUUAUUCAUUCCUGAUUUUUCUUAAUCAUGGCAUUAUCCGGAUUCAUUUUGAAGUGUUCUGAAACAUCUUAUCUACUCAGAAAUACAAUUACUCCAUUCACCAUUCAGUUCCUAUCAGGCAAAACUUAACACAGAGUAUUAAAAUACCCUCAAAUAAAAAGUGACAUUCUGUACUGUUGUCCCAUAUGAGACAUUUGCUCUCAUCCAAAAAUGCUGGAGGAUAGAGCCAAAUUAAAAUGUGUAGCUUCACUGUCCAUAUACAUAUGAAAGUGUCUAUUUAUUGGGUCUGAAUUCAUAUUUUAUGUCUGUCCUCUACUCUGUUGACGAAACGUUACGGGGUUGCCUUUUUGAAAUUUAGGCUGGGAUUGAAUCGGAUUGUGGGUUCUAGGUAUUGUGGAUUUUAACCUCUCAAAUAUUGAGCAGUUCUGAACAGGUUCCAACUGAUAUUUUGGUGUACAAAGCCAUAUGUGAACGUCGUAGGGUUCAGUGCCUCGAAAGCUUUAUCUGUCUGCACUCAGCUACCACUCUCAGAACGGACCUGGAAGUGUCAGGUUUCAGACCGCAUAGGAAGUAACGUGUCACACUUUCUGGCCUAUCCAGACAAAUAAUCGAUUUACUCUCCCUCUGGGAGACAGAAUAUGAAAGGGGACAGUCUAGUGCACAGGUGUCAAACUCAUUCCACAGAGGGCCGAGUGGCUGUGGGUUUUGCUCCUCCCUUGUACUUGAUUGAUGAAUUAAGGGCCCUAAUUAGUAAAAAAAAAAAAAAAAAAACCUGCUGACGCUAGGCCCAUGGAAUGAGUUUGACAACCCUGGUCGAGCGCAAGGGUAUUCAACUCUUAAAGGCUCUGAUUGGUCCAUCUGAUGUCUGCAGUGGACGUACAGCGUUUACUGCGACGCGGCCUCCGCAGAGGUCAGAACGUUCACACUUCUUCACGGAGCAGAGCUGUUGUCAAGGAAGUGGGUUUGUGUUUAUACAGGACCUCACCUACCAUCAACUACCAUCAACUAUUCAUGUCGAUGCGGAUCUAUACAGAGCUAUAAGGAGACCUUCACAUUGUUACAUAAUUUGGGAGGCACACGGCGAUGCGGUAUGGAGUUCGAUUUGCUCUCCGAAAGCCUCCGGAGGCGCCGCAUUUGCGUCACAUCCUCCGUACUGAGCCUCCGGUCCACAUUUCGGAAGCCUGCUGGUUUUCUGUUCUACCUGAUAAUGAAUUGCAUACACCUGGUGUCCUAGGUCUAAAUCAGUCCCCGAUUAGAGGGGGAAUGAUGAAAGACAACAGUGGAACUGGCUUGAGGUCCAGGAUUGAGUCUGAGGGGUCUAGCGAGUCUAAAUCUAAUAGCUAAAUGAUCCUUGCUAUUACCAUUUUAAAAUAAUUAUAUGUUAGCUUGGUAAGUUGUUUAUUUGAUUGUUCCUAUAUUUAGAAAAAACAUGUCAUUUUAAGCCCCACUUUUGUUGAAUAGGAAAAUAAAUCAAUGUAUUUUCAUA